GAUUGUGGUGAGACGAAGAACUCCAAGUGCUGUAUAGUGUUUACUUCAUCCGCGGAGAGUCAGCACAAGCUCGAAGCUCUUCUCGUUCUCUUUUCCUUAACCGCUUCACAACUUGUCGAUACCGAUCUAUGUCUCUCUCACCCAAACACAUGAACGGCUCCAAGAACGUUGAAGGUAGCGAUCGCAAGAAUCUUAUUCCCUUCGCCUCUCGACUCUAUGAAGGUCGUGCUUUGGCCCAAGAUGUCUGGUCCAUCUAUAAUGCUCUCAACUUACCUGCCGACUGUAUCAACCUUGGACAAGGAUACAUGAAUUUCUCUCCCCCGAAAUGGGUCACUGAAGCUGCCAACGACGCCUUGCAGGUUGUCGCCACGAACCACUAUUCUCAUCCCAAAGGCCGCAUACGCCUUAGGGAAGCGAUUAAGGCAUUCUACGAGCCAUCUUUCAACAGAUCCCUUGAUCCAGAGACAGAGAUUCUUGUUACGAGUGGGGCCAAUGAAGGCCAGUAUUCUGUCUUCACGGCAUUUUUAGAGCAAGGAGAUGAAGUUAUCAUGUUUGAGCCCUUCUUCGAUCAGUAUCUACCAUCGGUGACUUUCAAUGGCGGAAAGCCCGUCUAUGUGCCGCUGCAUCCGCACACUGAUAAGGUUCGACCGACCAGCAACGACUGGACGAUCGACUUUGAUGAGCUGCGACGGGCCAUAACUCCGAAAGCCAAAAUGAUUAUCAUCAAUACACCUCACAAUCCCGUUGGGAAAGUAUUUACCAAAGAAGAGCUCGAGAAAAUCGCUGUGAUUGCAGAAGAAUUCAAUCUCCUCGUUAUGGCGGACGAAGUCUACGAUUGCCUUGUUUUUGAUGGGAAGGAACAUGUUCGUUUCGCAACUUUACCAGGGAUGUGGGACCGUACAGUGACGGUUCUCUCCGCAGGCAAGGCGUUUGCAGCGACGGGGUGGAGAAUUGGCUGGCUGAUUGGCCCCCCCUCCAUUAUCGCGCCUACUCUUGCUGUAACGACACGUAUCGUAUUCUGUACCAACUCACCAUUGCAGGAAGCGGCUGCAGUUGGGCUUGAACAGGCAAAGGAGCGUAACUUCUUUGCCAUUCAAAACCGGGAGUACGAGGAGAGACGCAACCUUUUGACCAGUGCUUUUGACAAACUCGGUCUGAAAUACAGCAUGCCAGAAGGAAGCUAUUUCGUAUUACUCGAUAUAUCCAGGGUUGAUUUCCCAGAUAACUACCCAUUUCCCAAGUCCGUAGAAGGCCGGGGACGUGAUUUCAGGGCCUGCUGGUUCAUUGCUAUGGAGCUGGGCGUAUCUUCUAUACCCGUCAGCGAGUUCUACUGCGAACAGCACUGUACGAUCGGUGAAAGUUAUGCUCGCUUCGCAUUCUGUAAGGAUCUUGACACCUUAAGAAGGGCCGGAGAACGACUUCAAGGUCUGAGUAAGUAUAUCAAAUAAUUGUCAAGUAAUUGUUGUUACACUAGAUGUCUCUGAUUGUGAAUAUGUAUGUAUUUUGUGUAUGGAUGCCAUAAACUCUCACAAAUGACGCACCAAGCCUUGAGCGGAGCAAGUGCAUAGAUAUAGUGCUGCAUUGCUCGACACACUUAGGUGGCGCCGUGACAGCAUUUUACAGCACAGAAUGUUCACUCGGGAUCUAAUGCUAACAGCCAUAAACUGCGAAUUGGAUUUUUGAGGCUCGGCGUUUCAGUUCUUGUCGCCCGAGAUCUGGGAGAAGAACAAGGUAAUACAGUCCUAGACGUGCAUCAUGAAGGCACUGCGAUAAGGGGCGAGCUUCAUAGAAAAUUGAUAAAAUUGAUAAAAUUGAUCUGCACCCACGGAGAGUUACUUCACAAAAUGUACCGUUCUGUCAAACCAAUGGUCACUGCCCCUUAGUGAGCUGAUGCAACGGCGUUUGAUGGUUGGUGGAUGAAUGUGUUUGAGAAAUGUGGAACGAGGUGCAACGAGCGGCCGC